UGACUGAAAGGAUUUGCCAUUUGUGUUGGAUGUAGCUUGAGAAUGUUUUUUAUCAGUGUCUUUGUUCAGGCUGCUUUAUUUCCUGUCUGCUGGUGUAUGCUGUGUGAGGCUGACAACAGGUGUGAAUUUGUGUGGGUGUGGAGAGAAUGAGUCAUAGUCAAGAGUCAUAGAAAUACUUAUUUGGAUAGAUACAGUAGAGCAUCAUCGGCAAACUGGAACACACGGAGACUUAAAACAGCAGUGAUAAUUGGUAAUUUGUAACAGCGUGUUUUGUUCUGUAACAGCCUGGGCUCAUUGAUUAAUACACUGACUUCUAAAGUUUGUCAGAUAAACAGUGACCCUCUUUCUGGCGUUAAAAUGUCACACUUUGUAAAUGAAAUGAAAAAUGAAUGAAACUCAUAAUUUUGCCUUUAUCAGUACAUAAACAGUGAAAUACUUAAAAUUUCAGAAGCAAAGCUGUCAAAAUAUGCCCAUAUUCUGAACCCUUGACCCAUAAUGACAUUUAGAUUUACAAGGACAAGCGAUUUUGUUCCACACCAAAUAAGUUUCACUCGCCUUCACUUCUGCUACGUUUUGUUUUGGUGAUUUCCUCUGAAGUCAGAAUGCGGACUGACGGUUGAAACUUCCUAACCACCUGACAAGAAGACGACGGACACGCCAAGACAGGAUGGAGAUCACCUCACUCUGCCUAAUGCUCUCCACACUGCACAUCCAUCCCAGCAGACUGCAGUUCUUCUGGUAUGACUCCAUUACUCUUACCUGUGCAGCGGGGGGAAGCUCCGAUGGCUGGAUGUUGAAGAGAAACACCUCUUCUGAGACUUUUCAGCCGUGCAACUCCGGCUGGGGGAUGUCAAAUGGGUCCACCUGCACCAUUCAGGAUGCUUAUCCAUCGGACACCGGAGUGUACUGGUGCGAGUCUGAUCGGGGGGAGUGCAGCAACACCGUCAACAUCACUGUGACUGAUAGUGUUGUGGUCCUGCAGAGCCCUGCGCUUCCUGUGUCAGCAGGCGAUAAAGUAACACUUCUCUGUUCCUACAAAGAAGAAGACAGCAAACCCACAUCUAAUUUCUCUGCAAGCUUUUACAAGGAUGGCGUUUUCGUUGGGAACGAUGCUGCAGGAAGCAUGACCUUCCAGCAGGUGUCCGCGUCUCAUGCAGGUUUCUACAAGUGCAAACACCCAACGAAAGGAGAGUCUCCACAGAGCUGGCUGGCUGUUACAGUCCGACCUGAGCCUCCUCUUCUCAUGCCUCUGCCCCGGCUGGUGUGUAGCAUCCUGCUGGCCGUCCUCUACACUGCCAUGCUCAUAGUGUGCCUGAAUAUAUACAGAAAAUGGGCUAAAGCUCGAGCUGAAGCAAAGGAAAGAGCUUCAUCAGAGUGACGAGUCUCGUUUCCUGCUGGGAUGAAGAAGAAAAAAGCAGCUCUUGUACAUGUUGUGAUGUUGAAUAUGGUGUUUAUACGCAGACCAAUAUUUCGGGACUAUUUAACACAAUUGACUAACGGCGGUAUUUUAUUUUAUUUAUCUUAUUUUGUGUAUGUUGUUGUCAAGCGAUCAGCUCGUAUCAUCAUACAGCACUA